GUAGUGAUAAACCAGUCUUUGCAUUCACAGGCAUCAGGUCCACUAACAGUUGCUGCCUUUAUGCAAGAAGUCUUAACAAAUCCACUGUCAGUAAGUUAAAGUGCACAACCUGUUUUGUGUAUGUCAUGCUUGCACCCGUCUAGAUGAUCAUUGCAAUAAACUUAUUUUGAUUCCAUUAUCUUUGCGCCUUUACUGAUGUGGUUAUAAAAAUUUAUUCCUAGAUACUAAUAAUAAGAUACAAUCAAGCCUCCAUGUGCAAUCACUUCUUGUAAGCGACCACCUCCCAGAAAUGACCUCUUAUCCAAAACUCCAAAUUUUUCCCACUUUUAGUCCUAUAAUUAAAACUUUUCAUAAUGACCACCUUCCAUUAAGUGAUUGCAAUCACUAUUUGGGCUGACAGUUUUUGAUUUUCCAUUGACCUCUUUGUGACCGCUUUUUUGUCAUAUUUUCAUGCCAGGGGUACUACAUGAACAGUGAUGUAUUUGGUCAGGCUGGUGAUUUUAUUACAUCCCCUGAAAUUAGCCAGGUUUUUGGAGAGGUACAGUAUCAGUUAAGUAUUGCUUGACUAAACGUAGAUAAAACUCCAUCCAUCUAUUUGUGUUGGAAUCUAAAUUACUUAUUAAGGUUAUAAGCCACCAUAUGAAAGUACUUGGUAGUAGAGGUUUCACUUGAAAGGUCACACCAAAGGAUUUUGUUUUAUAUAUAUUGUGUUUUUAAAGCUUAUAGGUGUAUGGUUUGUAAACCAGUGGAUACUGUCAGGAAAGAAGAAAGUCCAGCUAAUUGAGCUUGGACCUGGUAGAGGAACCCUGGCUUCAGAUAUGUUAAGGGUUAGUAAUUAAUACUUUAAUAAUGCAAUGGUUGACCAAACUUUGAUUGGGUUAAUCACCCUUCAUAUGCUAAUUAAAGCACUUAUUCUUCUCAGAGCAUACUGUGAAAUUCUGAAAAUACACCCCUUUCCAUUUUUAUAAACCCCAAAGACAAUAAAAUGGCUUCUGCAAAUUAAAAAGCACCAGGGAUCUUUCUAAUAUUAAAUGGGAAUUGUCUUUGAGAAACCAUACAUCAGGCCCUGGUUGUUCAAAAGCUGGAUAGGGCUAUCCGUUGGAUAAAUCACUAUCCAGCUGAUAAGUAUUUGGGAAACCAAUUACACUAUCCACUGAAUAGAGAUUUAUCCAUCGAAUAGCGUUAUCCACCUUUUGAACAACUGGGGCCGGAAUGAUACCAGAUAAGGGUGUCAUGUCAUGUGAAUAUUGCUGUUUUAGGUCAAUUCUGUGCUGAAGUCAUCACUUAAUAAUUACUUAACCCAUACUCAAAAUGCUACCUGUAGAGUUAUCAAGAAGUCACCACAAAGAUGUUAUCAGGAAGAACUUGGCGUGAUAAUGUUUUAGUAAGGCUUCAGUUAUUUUUGCAGGCAUUGCAUCAAAACUUAAAAAAAGUUGGAGCAACCUUUUCACAGUCAAAAAAGUCCCAAUCAAUAUUUAAGUGACUGAUCAUGAGACAAAUAAUAAACAAACCCUUUAUACAAUGCAGUCCAUUCAAUUUUACGAAGUUGAACUAUUGUUUUGAUGUUAGGUAUUCCAAAAAUUUCCUGAGCUGCAUGGUAAAAUUUCUUUACACCUUGUUGAAGUAAGUCCAGCUUUGAGUAAAAUCCAAGAACAGACACUGACUGGCAAAUUAUUAUCCAUUCAAGAGGGCAAGAAAGAAGGACAAACUGAUGCAAAAGAUGACAGACUACAGGCAAACGAGGUACAGCACAGGAUCUUAAUCUUAAAAGUAUCUCAUUCUGCAACAACUUACUCAAGAAAGAAAGUAAUAAUAAAUUAUUAAAACCUCUUACAUAAUAAAAAAUUGCAAGUUAUUCAUUUUGUUCAGUUUAGCACUUGCAUCAAAAUAUAGUUUUAAAGUAGUUGACAAUGACGAUGACCAGAAAUUAAAAUUAACUAGCAAAUAAUUGCCCUGUCUUCACUCUUCACUAUCCUCUAUUAAGUAUGUCAAAAAAUUAUUUAUGUAAAAAUUACUGCAGACUGAUAUGACCUUGAUUUGUUAUUUUCAGCAUAAUAAAUAGGAUAUGCAUCAGAUCACAGGAAAAAAUAAAGGAUUUCCAUUUUUGGAUAUUUUAGGAUAUUUAAAGAAUACCCACAAAAAUCCCAAAUUUGGAAGAGUGAGACAAGUCCCAAUCAGGGAACUUGGUUGGGAAUUCCCUGGUUGGGACUUGUCUCGCUUUCCCAAAUUUGGGGUUUUUGUGGGUAUUCUUUAAAUAUCCUAAAAUAUCCAAAAAUGGGAAUCCGUUAUUUUUUCCUGUGGAUGCAUGGUGAUGAAGUAAACACUAAUAGUUCUUUUUACUAAUCUGCCCCUUAGGGUGCGCCAAAACCUAUGUUCAAUUGUCCGGGAUAGAUAGAAAUUUAGUUCAGGCAUGUAUUCUAAACCUUUGACAAGAUUUGUUCUUGGGCAAAGCACAUUUUUAAUAGAAAAAGUGUACAGAAACAGUUGAAAAUUGACUUCAAAUUACAGUAGAAUUUAUCUUAUAGUCAUAAAAGCAAACCUCAUACUUGACAAAAUAAGGUGAAAUAUUCUUUUUGACUUUGCCAUUCCGCAACCAUUUCAUUUGAUUUAAUGAGCUCCAAUAAGACCAUUUGACUUACGAACCUGGCAAAACUUUUGGACAAGAACUCUUGGGUUUGGGACAACCAAAUUUAAUAUAGUGCUUGUCCAAGGGCCAAGGCUGGCAGGUUAAUCUUUUAUUUAAGCAAUAUCUUUCUUUUUUCAUGUUGCUAAAUGUAAAGGAAAAAAAUUUGUGAUUUCAAUUUUAGGAUAUGUCAGCACUGUGUUAUAGAAGGUGCAUAACACAGGAUGGUAUUCCCGUGGCAUGGUACAGAGCAGUUGAGGAUGUCCCCGUUGAAGGAAACUGUUUUUUCUUGGCUCAUGAGUUCUUUGAUGCUCUUCCAGUUCACCAAUUUCAGGUUUGUUUGUAUGUUUCACUGUUGUAAGUAGUUCGAACCCAGAAGUCAUAUGAUUGUCUGGAGGAGUGUUCCAGAGUUUACCAUGAAUAGGACUCUUCGUGACACAGGGAGCCUGGGCUGUGUGAACGGUUGAAGGGGGUGUGUUGUACUCGAUGUUUACCAUAAUUGUACCCUUCAAAUGACUAAAUUCACUGUUAUCAGCUACACAACAUUUCUGGCAGUACAUAAGUUUAUUAUAAAUUCAAUCAUGAACAGUCACACAGUUUUUCUGGGAUCUGUUGUGAACGAUCUAGUCGGCAAAUAAUGGAAGAUUACAACGGAUUCAACCUUGGACGAUGGCUUUAUUUCGCCUACACGACUCGUCGUUCCUAAUCCUAUAGUCAGGCGUUCCAAUGCCCUACUCAGGGGGAGUCUGGGUCCUAAUACACAACAGGAUCCUUUGUUGGUGAUGGUCACUGACUCUUCAAUAGCCUGUGUGGAAGUCAUGUAACCUACUCACGGCCUGUUUUCUCACUCUUGAGUGCGCGUGUAAGGAAAUAUAUAACUAUGAACCGCGGAGAUUUAUUUACAGCAAAACAAAGAAGAUUUAAAAAAGGAUUCCUGAUUGCUAGCGCAAUAGAAGUCACCAUGAGGGUCCAAGUGAAUUGUGAAUUGUCAAAAUGAUCCACAACUCACUUUUACUCUAACAACAACUUCUGCACAGGUUGUUGCGAAAACGUUUUUUCAAGUUUAAUUGCUGUGUCUGCAAAAAUCACCAACAAAAUAUUUUGGUUAGGCCUCCGUGAUUAGGCUGUGUCGCAGACGCUCUAAACCUUCUAUAUAGAGCGGACUAUACAAAUGGUUUUGACUAGUGCGUGGGCCGGCUGCAACGCAGGCUAUCCAUGAUGAAAUUCAUUUAACAUGUUCUUUAUAACUCUACAGGACCAUUUUUUUUGUAUGGGUAAAGACACUUAGUAAUGACCCUUGGCACAGAAUUGAUCUAUAACAGCAAUAUCCCGGUUACAUAGUCAAUUUAAGGGGAUACAAGGAUGGCUGCUGGGACCCCAGUAUCGGAGGCGUGUGUUCUGCGAUCAAUGUCCCGCAAACAGCUAGGAUCAACAUUGUCAAAUUCUCCGCAUCAUGUGUAGCAUAUAAUUUGACGAAUUAUAUUUAUUGUUUGUUAUCUUUCAGAAAACAGAUCAAGGUUGGAGAGAAGUUCUUGUAGAUGUCGAACCAGGCAGUGGGUUUGUAAACUGUUAGUUUAUUGUUUUCAGGACUUAUAUUUACUAUUAUUUUUAAAGUUUAUGAAUUUCAUGAUUGUAUUGAACUUGCUAUUGGUUUGUCGGCGUAAUAAGCCACACAAGAUGUUCGCUAGAAGAAAGAAGAGAUGGGAUUAAACAAAUUUAAACUUUUUCUCAGCGUUCUCAAAAAUUUUGAAGCGUUCGUUAAACGUCGUUAACUUUGUUGCAUCUGUAUAACUCGUCUACAUCUCGCUGAUUGAACUCAAAUUUGUUGAGGAAAAAGGCUGCCUGUGACCAUUUGACUAACGUGAGAUCGGGCCCAAUUUUAGCGGUUCUCAUACUUUCUCUCUAACGGCUACCGCUAAUUUUUGUUUCGCCUUGCCCGCCGGAAUGUUAUUACAAAGCGAAACGAAAAUUGAGCCUGAUCUCAGGUUGCCAUUUGACCGUCUUGGCAUGUAUGGUCUCAUCAGUGUUUCUGAAUAUGACUCAACUGUGGAGAAUUUGUUUGAUCGGUUUGAUCGGGGCGUUAGUCUUGACGAAACGCAACUCAGCGUUUCUUAAUCAGGAACUGUGUUUUUGUCAGAUAGAUAUACUCAUUUGGCGUUAUACUCAUUUAGCAGGAAUUUCUUUUGCAUUAGUUUUCUUCAUGAGUUAUUUAUCAGUUAGAGCGGUUUUCACUUGACUGUCGAAAGGAAUUGGUUUUGGUUUUGGUUUUGGUUUUACUACGCCCUUUGGUUGGCUGGUGUAUUUACUUUGGUUUUGGUUUUACGACAGUCAAGUGAAAACCGCUCUAAUUAGGGUUUACUGUUCUAAAUUAGGCCCACACUUAACUGAGAAGAUCACUUGUUUCCAUCAAUGUUUACAAGCUUAUCAUUUUUAUUAGUUCCUCCUUACUGAGGUUUAUCCAAGACCCUGGCCGCUCACCUAACCCUUAAUGCAAAUUAAAGGCCUCACUCAUGAUUCAUUUUUAGGUCCCCUGGACUUAGAUUUGUCUUAGCUCCUGGCCCCACAUUAGCCUCACAGACAUUGGUCCCUCCUGGAACAUCAUGCAGCCAGAUAGAAGUGUGUCCACUUGGUGGGUCUGUUGUGGAACAUAUGAGUGGUGCUAUAGCAAAGCAAGGGGGAUGUGCCCUGAUUGUUGAUUACGGUGAAGAUGGAAGCACAAGACACACUUUGAGGGUAAGUGGCAGCUCGGCAACCUUUGGUAAUCUUCGGCUCACAAUUCUACGGUGAAUAAUACGGAAACCGGUCGAUUCCUCUGGAAGCUGAUUUACACGAACUUUUGGGAACGGCCUUAGGAACGCGACAACGGGUCUAGUACUUUCAAACGUAAGGACAAACUUCCUUAAAUGUUUCUGUAGGCAUGGGGUGCCAUACUUUGGCAUAUUAACCUGAAAUGAGAGGCUUUUCUUGCCAAAAGCCACACAUGAAAACUUGUUUAAUUGUCUGUGGCUAGGGUAUGAGUAAACUGAAAAGUCUGCACGAACCCAAUGGCUAUUCGCCUGAGCAAACGUCCUUUCGCCUGCCUGUAGGCAGUAUCUGGUGGAUUGCAGUCAAUUUUAAGUCUUAAUUGUAACUACAGAAUACCCUUUGAAAUCAAUUCCUCUUUGCGUACUUCGAUACUCAGCUUGCAGUGGCUAAUUAAUUGAUGUUUGAAGAACAUAAAAUGUAAUAAUCAGUUGACGUAGGUUCAGACAAAAAAAUGUGUUGAUGAGCCAGUCAAUAGGUUCGGCGAAUUCAUAAAAGAACAGGCGAAUCGCUUUUAAGCAAAUUGCCCUUGGACGAAAUGGUUGCAAACUUCUAAACAAGUCUCUCUUUAAUCUUCAAUUUUCGCUCGGGAAAUAGCAACUGUUUUUCUAGACUAAUAUACAAUAAAAACCGGCAAAUAAGAACCCGCAUUUUCCUAUAUAUCCUUAACAGUUACUUACAUAAAUGGUAAUUUGCACACAAAUUUAGUCUAUUUAGGUCCUUAAAGAAGUCUUUAUUUUCAGAAGAAAACAAUACAUUGUAGCUGAGAGUAUUUGGUGGUAUUCAGCUCGAUUUUCAGCUCUGGAAUUUACAUUGCAGUUGGAGUGAUAAGGCACCUAUGUGAAUAUGGCUCUAAAGAGGAUACUAAAUGUUGACUUAUGUUAUUUGCCCAAGUGUGCAGAAUUUUUUUCGCAGUUUUUAAAAAAAUAAGAACCUGUUUCAAAUUUUAGGCUAAACAGACUCUUGUAUAGAGAGGGCCUAACUGGCAAAUUUUCGCCUAACAGGUUCUUAAAAACCAGGUUCUUCCUCGAGGGUUUUUUACUGUUUUCAGUUAUUAUGUAUUUUCAGGCAUUUAAAAAACAUAAAUUACACGAAGUUCUGCACGAUCCUGGCAGUGCUGAUGUGACAGCCAAUGUUGAUUUUGCCUACCUGAGAAGCGUUACGCGUGGAAAAGGUUGGCAUUAAUUUUUCUCUCUCUCUUUUAUUUUUUCGAUUCGGUGGAUUUUCCAAAUAUAUACUUCCCUAAUAACAAAUACUGUGAAAAAUGAAACCGAUUCGUUUUAACGAAAAUUGUUAAGUUUCUGGCUUGAAAGAAGUUGCUAAUAACCGUGAUCUGGAAUUAGCGGCCGGAAGGGUUAUUUCAUCUUUGGAGUCGAGAGGAAGACACUAACUCGAAGGGAAGGGGGAGGGGGUGGGGGUGCUUAUCUCUCUUUUCUCAACAUGGCAUUUGUCUUUGUUUUGAAUAAGACAAACUAAAACAAGGGGUACAUGUACACCAACCCACGGCCUGGCCAGUACCUCACGCAUGCGUACAGCCAUAUCACCCGGGCAGUGGCAGCAAUGGACAGCUGUUUCGCCCUCGCUAGGGUUCAUCAGCAUGGCAUAGCCGUCGGGUCAUUGAACGGGCGAACCCGUGUCUCAAAGACGGCUGUGCGCAUGCGUGAGGUACUGGUCAGGCCGUGGGUUGGUGUAUGAGUAAAUGAACGAAAACAAACAGGAAAACUAGAACCUUCUUUCAGUUUUUCAGUAUCUACCCAGAAGUGUGUGUGUGGUGCGUAUUCUUGGCUUUGAAAGUUCUGUUGUAAGUAAGUUCUUUCGGUAUCGCCUCAAUUUGCUCGCCAAUCGAAAUGGAGAGCUUGAUCGCAAGCUAACGACGCGACGGUAGUAAAGACGGCGCGCGCAGAUGCGCUUAUUUGAUACUAGUGUACUAACGCAAUAGUACAGAAAGAAGACGGCAAACCGUGCGUGACAAGCGUGACCGAUAAUUUGUUUGAAAAAGUUUUCCGCCAAACCUCAUUUUCUAUCAAACAAAUCUUUUUGUAAAAGACCAGAACACAUUAGUAAUAUGUGAAGUUCACGACAAAACACUCAAGUAAUAGCCCUGUCACGUUUGUCACACACAACGUUUUGCCGUCUCCUCUGAUAAACUCACAAUGUUUACCCUUAAGAGGGUCGCUAGUAUGAAGUGGGCGCUUAUUUAAAGAAAAGGGCUAAUUCGAGCAGUUAUGUUAAAAACUGUAGGUAAGUUUUAAUCCCAAUCUUUGAUUUAAAACUUCACAGUUCAGACGUUCGGACCAGUGACACAAAAGUCAUUUCUUCAGCAAAUGGGUAUCGAUAUGAGAAUGAAAGUAAGU